CAAAACAGUUAUCGAGAGACAGAAGUUGCUAAGAGGGAGAGUCGACACAGGGGCUAGGGUUCCGAACCCGUUCUCUCAGCCCUAUUUUUGUUGGAUGAGCAACGACAUACGUCAACGAGCAUAGACGAAGAGAGCGAUGAUGAAGAGUUACAAUCUGGAGCAACCUUCAGCUACGAGUACAACCUAACAACGAUUUAGCAGCGGCACACUUCAGAGUCCGAACAAUCUAGCAUUAUUUGUUGUGAGAUGAGGCUUAAAACAUCCACAAUAGAAUUUUCUCAAGUUUGCAGCUUGCUUUGACGCUAUUCGCACCAGCUUCCCUGGGUGAUAUCUUUUACUUAGAGCUACUUUUCUAAUUCAAGGCUGAAACAUAUCAAGAUUUCAGUCUAGAAUGUGUUGCCUCAACGUAAUCUUCAGUCUUGAGUAUGACCCAUCAACAACAAUGUGGGCAAAGAUGUAGAGUAGCCAGAUUUGCUUUGCCCAGCGCCCCAGCUACAUCGGAGAACUGUAAAAAAAAGUUACACACUCAAGUCGAUGCUGAUUGAUGAAGUUCAAGUCGAGUGGGACGAGGCGGUUGAUUAAUAUCCAAGCACAUGAAGGAGCCUAAUUAGCAUACAUCUAGCAAAUUAAUUUCUAUCAUCCUUUUGCAUUUAAAGCAAAAUGUAUGAAGUCUACUUUGUAAAAUUGUAAAAGUGUAACAAUUCAAUAUUAAAUUAUAUUGCUAAUGUAUUAUGUGCUACUUAGGCGAUGAUUUGAGGAAUAAUAUCAUAUUGGUUACGACUUAAUAUGUGUUCUUAUAGUGAAAGAGAACACGAAUUUGAGAGUAUAAAUGUGUCAUCUUAUUCAUUUCAGACUAUUCUCAGCGCACUUUUAGAACACACAAAUAGUGUCCUAAUAUAAAAAAGAGGACACAUAUUGGAUAAUAUGGUGACACAUUUUAGGUGUGUUCUUAUUGAUAUAAGGAUACUUUUUGAACAGAUUUUGGUGUGUUCUUAUUGAUAUAAGGAUACUUUUUGAACAAAUUUCCUAGCUUGUUGAGCUUAAGUUAUUAGCUUUCAACGAUCACAAAUUAUGGGAGACAUGGAGGAAGGAGCCAGUAGUUCAAGGCCACCCCUGCUGCGUGGUCACAACUACAACUUCUGGAAAGGGCGUAUGAGGGCAUUCCUGAAAUCACAAGGAGGAGGAGUCUGGAGAACUGUGGAAACUGGCUGGACAGAACCAGUAAAAUACUCAGAUGAUCUGUCUACAACAACUGUAAAAAAAUUUGAAGACUAUAGCAGAACUGAAGUCCUUGCUGCUGAGCAUAAUGACAAAGCCCUAAAUGCUAUUUUUGGUGCAGUUGAUGCCACACAAUACCGCCUCAUUUCAAACUGUAUUAGUGCAAAGGAAGCAUGGGAUAUUCUUGAAGUCACACAUGAAGGUGAUGAGAAGGUCAAAACUGCAAAGUAUCAGAUUCUCAUGACACAAUAUGAAAAUCUGCGAAUGGAUGAAAAAGAAACUAUUGUAGAAUUCCAUGGAAGAGUCCAUGACCUUGCAAAUCAAGCAGCCAGAUUACAAGAGCCGUUUCCAGAAUCAAAACUUGUUCUAAAGGUGCUGAGAUCUCUACUAGAAAGGUUUGAUAUGGAUGUCAAGGCAAUCUCUCAAUCACAUGAUGCAAAAAAGAUGACUCUUGAUGCUUUAAUGGGUAAUCUUGAAACAAUCGAAUUAAACAUGAAGGAGGAUAGCAAGAGACGAAAACCAGAGAAGCAAAUCGCCUUUCUAGGAACUGAUCUGGAGAAUGAUAGUGAAGAUGUUUUAGCAUUUGAUGAAGAAUUCCAAGAACAGCUGUCCCUAUUCACAAAGCAGUUCAAAAAGAAGUGGAUUCAAAAGAAGGGAAAGAACCAAAUUCAAGAAGGACCUUCUAAGACAUCCACUUUCAGGGAAUCACGCUUCAAAGAAGGAAAGUCGUAUGAUAACAGCUCCAAGUACAAAGGGCCGCUGUGUUUUGAAUGUGGUGGUCAUGGGCAUAUCCAGACUGAAUGUGCAAACAACCUUAAAAAGAAGAGACAAGCAUUCUCAAUAACCUGGAGUGAUGAGGAUACUGACGAAGAUCAAGGUUGUGAGGAAAGCAAUUGCGCCUUUAUCUCACAGUCAGAGUCAGACGACCUAGUUGAGCAACACAUGGAUCUUCAAGAAAAGUGGACUGAACUGCUCAUGGUUAACAGAAGAAAUAUAGCAGAAAAGAAUCAGCUGGCUUGUGAUCUAAAGGCUCUGAAGCAGAAUCUAGAGAAAGCAGAAACAGAUAAUGCAAAUCUGAAAUUUGAACUACAAAAACUCAAGGACUACAUUAAGUGGAUGAAAAUAGCUGGAGCUGAAGUACUGGAUGCACAGGAGAUAAUGUUCAAAGCACCUGGAGAUAGACAAGGAAUUGGAUGUGAUAGCCACCCCAAAACAAGUGAUCUACUCAAGGAAGACAAUGUGAAGAUAAACAAGAACAUGAGAAACACGACAACUGGAAAGUCUUCAGCACACCCACUUCUCUCAGAUGAUGAUGGACUGCAUCUUCAUAUUUUACAACCAUCUGAAGUGUUGCGAUUGGAAUACACUCCAAUCAAUACAGAAGAAUCCACAAAAAACCCUAACUCAAAGGAGGGAAUCUGUGAAGAGGAAGUUCUGGGAGAGAUUCUUGAAGAAGAAGAACCGAUUGUUGCAUGCUCAGCAGUCCCCUUUCAAGAUUCUGCAUGCAACACAAAGGGAGGAGACACAAAAAGGAAAAACAACAAUGGACCUACCCGAUGGUCUCUGAGACGGACCAGAUCUCUUCAACAUACAGAGAAUUCACAAGAGGAGAAAACGGAAGUUAAAGAGUCAGAGAAAAAGGAGAAGAAGAUGAAGCCUCAAUCUGAGCCCAAGAAGAGAAAAGAAAGUGAGAUUUGUCCUUCGCCAAAACAUCCAGUAAAGAGAACAAAAUCCACACCAGAUGCUCCACCAUCAUCCAGACGGGAGACCAGAAGUUCAAAGAAUUCACCAUCAAGCUGCACUCUAGGGAAGCAAUCUGUUAAACUCUUUUCCUCUAGUGUUGCAAAAUCUCUUUUUCUUGAUGUUGUGAAAAAAUCAAUUAUCCCUCAAAGGAAUCUUGAUGUGUCUGACUUUAGCAAGAAAACAAACCUCCUGCCCACACUGAAAUCAAACAAACUGCUAAAAUCUGUCACUCUCCCUGGGUCAUAUGUGAAGAAAGUCAUUCAAGAAUUCUAUUGCAAUUUAACUGAGUCAUGUGUUACCGAAGAUGAUCCCUCAUACCAGAAAGUCUUUGUUCGUGUAAAGCUCUAUGAUUUUUCUCCCUCAGUCAUAAACUCUUUUCUUGGUACUGACCAAAAUCCAGUAAUCACUCCUAUUGAUGAGGAAACUGUGUGGAGUGAUCUCACCAAUGGACUUAGGGACUACCAACAUGGAAAGUCCAAAGUACCUUCUUCAGUGCUGAAAAGUUCAUAUGCUCUCCUUCUAAGAAUUGCUGCAUUUCACUGGAUGCCCACUACUCACACCAACACUGUCCCAUUGUGCAUAGCCACCCUAAUCUACAGAAUCAAAAACAAGGUUCCUUUUGAUCUUGUUAGGGUUGUAUUUGAUAAGGUGAUGGCGUUUGCAGCAGAAAAAUACAAGAAGAACAAGAAUGGUCUUCCAUACCCACUGUUGAUCUACAACAUACUGAAGGAUCAAGGCUUUGAGAAGAAAGAAGAUGAAGAAGAAGAGAUCAUUCCUCCUUUGCUGCAAGUGGAUGCAAGACAUCUUGAAGGAAGCCACUUCAAUGACAUGGUUGCCGCUGGAGCAUCCUCAGCAGAAACACCAAAUCCAGCUUCAAUAGAUUACCAGCUCAGCUUUCUUGAAAAGGAGAUCAAAUCCCUUCAAAUGGAUGCGGAUUAUCAUCAUGAAAUUGCCGAGAGAUCAACUGAAAGGAUGAAUGUGCUUAUCCAGAUUGCACAUAACCUGAGGCAAACAAAGAGUGCACAGAGUAAGGGGGAGAGACUGACUAAACAAAAGGCAGUUGCAGCACACUCAUGCACAGAUGAAGAUGAUCAAGAAGACAGUGCAGAAGAGAUAUCUUCAUCAGAAUCAGCAGGGGCCUCUCAAAAAUCAUCAAAAGCUCUGGUUGUGACCUAUUUUGAUUCUGAUUUUAUCUACAUGCCUUGUGAAGCAACGACAGCACACGAGCCUACCCUCUCUCAUGGCUACUUGGCUCUUUCUGGGGUGACUCUUGUAGAUAUUGUUCAGCUGUUGCAACCUGGUUGGCUGAGCAAGGGUCAGAAACACAUCCUUCGUGCAGAGCAAGAAGAAGGUGUAAUAGGCCUGGUGAGGACACAAACCGAGUUUGCUGUCAGAUCUCGACGGGAGACCAUUACACACAUUUUCUAUCAUGGGAGCAUGGCGCGGCGUGUUUGGACUUAUUUCACAGAGUCUGCCCGUAUCCGGGGCACACAUCACAGUUUGAGGUCCGUCUUGAGUAUAUGGUGGGCGCAGAGGCCGAGGAGCAGGAUGCUCUCGUUCCUGUUCCACCGCCUGCCGAUGAUCAUUCUUUGGGAGAUUUGGACGCACUACGCUGCUUGCAAGUAUGGGGAUGCUCGCCCCAACUUUGCACGCAUUAUUUUUCGGGUGGCUACGGCGGUGUCGGAGUGCAUCUAUCGUCGCUGGCCUAGCGGGGGUCUCUUGCCUUUCCGAUGGUCGGUGAUCAUGGAGCACGUUCGACGAGGCUCUGGACGCAGGAGGGUGGUGCCGAUUCGGUGGGUCCCACCGCCAGGUGGCACCAUCAAGGUGAAUGUGGCGAGGGCCCCGCUACGUGGGGCAUUUGCAGCGAUCGUGCGUGACUCGACAGGUAAGUUUCUUUAUGCUCUUUCUUCUAUUGCAUUCAGGUGGGAACCAGUGGAGCGUGGAGGGAUGGACGUGCUUCUUCGGUGUAUUCAAUGGUGUAUAUCCCAGUCCUUCUUGCGCAUCCACGUGGAGUCCCAUCAUUCAGAGCUAGCUUGUUUCUUUAGAGAAGGUACCUCGUGGUACCUUCAUGAUGUUUAUGCUAGACUGCGUUUCCUCUGUUCUAUCGCGACGGUCCAGUGGUUUCAUUGUGACGUGCGGGCGAAUGCCCCGACGACUGAGUUGGCAUUGUGGGCCGUGGAUAGUACAGAGGGGACGCGAGAGUUUACUAAUCUGCAGGAUCUUGACAUUCGGGUACAAUCUCUCCUUCCUAUGGACGAUCUGCCCUUCUUUUGCAUUGAUGAGGAUGGGGACUGCUUCACUGGUUAUUUUCUUGGAUUUUGGACUUUCUUGGAUUUCUACACGGCUGGACUACUUGGAUUUGGUUGGGUUGAGACUUCUAGCUGGGCCGUAGCAUUGGCGUUGGGCUUCGGCCUUCACGGAUGGGCUGCUCACCUUGGCGGAUUGGACCGAUCUGCACUUAGGCUGGUCGCUGAUGGUUGGACGGCCUGGUACGGUGUUGUUCCUGUUACCGUUGAUAAUGCUGUUGUUGAUGUUUCUGGUGACGAUCAACGAGACCACACUGUCCGAACAAAAUAUGCAAGUGAUGGUGUCAUUUCUUAUGGAUACACGGAAACAUUUGGGACAUUAGAAAGUGACGUUGUUGUCCUUUAUGAUUCUGGGGAUGUCACGCAUGUUAGCAGGAUUUUCUUCUUAUUGGUUCUCUAGAGUUGUUUGCUGGCAGUUGUGAAUGCUUUGCACUUGACCGAUUCUUUUGAUGCCCCAUUCAUAAAGGUAUUUGACCCCG